AUGUGUAAACACAUCCUGAAUGCCCAAGUGGCCAUCCGCUCCCACUGCUGCCGGAAAUGGUUCGACUGUGCCGAAUGCCACCAAGAGAGUGAAUCGCACAUGCUCACAAAGAGUGCUGAGAUGAUCUUCGCAUGCAAAAAGUGCAAGAAGUGUUUCCGCAAGGAUGCCGCUGAAUUCGAGGAAAGUGACGAGUUCUGCCCACACUGCGAUAACCACUUCGUGAUCGAAGCGGUGGAACCUCAAGCCAAACUGCACGUUGAGGGCGACGAUGCCCGUAUGGACAGUCGUAUGCUCAAGGACGAACGUGUUGCUCGAGACGAAGAGCGCUCUCUCUUCAACAUGCGCGAUGUCUCGGACCGCAUGGGCUAA